CUGUAAUACAACUCGGUCUUCAUAUGGAUACCUAAAUGUGUGCUUUGCUAGAGCUGUGGAACUUGUUUUACACCGUCGCGUGCGCGGGUCUGCAAUAAGCAGACGUCAGACCUCGCCCGCUCGCUGCUGCUGUUACAUUUUGUUAUCGCAAUCUAAUCACCGCAUUGUUUUCGGGAUUAUACCGCCGCUUUACACACCGUGUGGUUACGUGAACGGUGUGGUGACAGUAGCUGUUCGACGUUUAUCUGCUUUUUAGUUUUAAACACCGUGCCUUGGCGGAAAGGAGGAUUUUGUUUUAUUUAAGGUCAAUUGAGGAUGAAUGAUCAGGACAGUGGGGUGGUCUCCUUUGACGAGUAUGUACGGCAGAAAGCCCGCACUGUUCCUCAGCACAGGAUGAAGGAGUUCCUGGAGUCUCUCGCCAAGGGCCCAGAGGUGCUGCAGGAGUUCAGCCAGCAGGGAGGGGCAGUCACCACCACGGCCAUUGUGUACCAGCAGCAGGGUACCAACUGUGUGUACACAGACAGCACCGAAGUGGCUGGCUCUCUAUUGGAGCUGGCGGGUCCGGUGACCUCAGCGGAGAUUUCCCCUCAUCUGUCUGUGCAUCAAGAGUCUGAACAGCAGCUUCAAGUGCAGGUUCAGAUUCAGGAACAAGGCCAAACAGUUGGCCAGGUGCUUCAGGUGGCCUCCCCCUCUCAGCAGGACCUGCAGGUUAUCUCAACAGCCCACUUUGUCCAACAGGGAGAGCUCACAGAGGAGCAGCAGCAGCAGAUUCAGGCGCAGCUGGUUGCAGCUGUAGCUGGAGGACAUCAAAUCCAGUUGUCAAGUGGACAACAAAUCCAGUUACAAGGAACGCAGCAUAUUCAGCUGCCAGGCGGCCAGCAAAUUCAACUUGAGGCCGGCCAACAUAUUCAACUACAGGGAGGCCAACAGAUUCAACUUCAUGAUGGCCAGCAAAUUCAGCUACAGGGUGGCCAGCAACUUCAGCUACCGGGAGGCCAACACAUUCAGCUACAGGGUGGCCAACAGAUUCAACUACAGAGUGGUCAACAGAUCCAGCUACAGGGUGGCCAACAGAUUCAACUACAGAGUGGACAGCAGAUUCAGCUACAGAGUGGCCAACAGAUUCAACUCCAGAGUGGACAGCAGAUUCAGCUACAGGGCCAGCAGAUUCAACUUCCAGGUGGCCAACAGAUUCAGCUACAGGGUGGCCAGCAAAUUCAACUACAGGGUGGCCAGCAAAUUCAGCUACAGGGUGGCCAGCAAAUUCAACUUCCAGGUGGCCAACAUAUUCAACUUCCAGGAGGCCAACAUAUUCAACUACAAGAUGGUCAGCAGAUCCAGAUUCAGACCAUAGAGGCCAUGUCUCUUUCGCAGCAACAGGACUCUCCCAGGGAGGCAGAGAGGAGAUCUGGCUCAACUGUUCUCCAACCUGCUAAGAAGCGUAAGGUGGAUGUCCCUCUUGCUGUGUCAUACGCUGUUCCACAGGGCCAACAAGUGGCCACAGUUCUAGCCAUCCCUCAAGGGCAGCAGCAAAGUUAUGUGUCCCUACGACCAGAUUUGCUCACUGUCGACAGCGCACAACUGUACAGCACCACAGGAACCAUCACAGGUCCUACAGGUGAGACGUGGACCAUCCCUGUGUACUCCACUCCUCAGCAGCAGGGGGUAACUCACAUUGCCAUACCACAGGACACAUACAACACAAUGCAAGUUACCACCACCAACGGCAAGGACAAAAUGUCCCCCAAUUCCUCAUCGAGGUCCACAGAUGGGCAGUCGGCCUCCACUGGGACACAGGAAGAAAUCGUACAGACCCUGUUCCCAGCUCAGUUCAUGAACGGGAACAUUCACAUCCCUGUGGCAGUGCAGACUGUGGGAGGAACUUACAGCGCGACACAGUCGGUACACAUUUGGGACCCAAAUCAACAGCACAGCCAAGUAGAAGAGGGACAAGAGCAGCAGCUCCAUCUGCAGGGCCACAUGGAGGCAGAGGGUCAGGCUGAACCACCGACAGAGAUUAUGGUUCCGAUCUGCCUAAAGCCAGAGGAAGGCCUGGAGGUGUGGCGCCUUUGGGUCAAGCGGAAAAACACAGAGCUAAACAAGCAGGAAAAGACUAAGCUUGCACCCAUCGGACGUCGUCAGCCGCUGCGUUUUCAAGAAGACUUGGUGUCCAGCGCCGUCGCGGAGCUAAACUUGGGCCUCUCCCUGAUGACGCAGGAGGCACGAGGAUCAGACGAAGAGGAGUUCACAUCCGAUGUUCUAUACUAUGUUUUUUUGUGUAUACAAAAGUAUCUCUUUGAAAAUGGCCGUGUGGAUGAUAUCUUCUCCGAUCUGUAUUACACACGUUUUUGUGGGUGUUUACACAAAAUCCUGGAUGGUUGGAAACCCAGUGUCCAUCCAUUAGGUUAUGUCAUCCCAAGUCACGUGACAGAGGAGAUGCUGUGGGAGUGCAAACAGCUUGGUGCACAUUCACCAGCCACAUUGCUCACAACUCUAAUGUAUUUCAACACUAAGCAUUUCCACCUGACAACACCUGAACAGCACAUGAAGGUAGCUUUCUCAAAGGUCCUACGGCACACGAAGAAGAACCCCACUAAUGCCAAGGACAAAGCAACCAGCAUCCGCCUCCUCAAAGGACAAGGCCUGAACAGCACAGGACAGAAAGGUGCUCAAAACAGGACUGAUGACAUGUAUGAAGAGCAGGCCGAGGAUCCUGAGAAUCCCCUUCGCUGCCCCAUUAAACUUUAUGACUUCUAUCUCUUCAAAUGUCCUCAAAGCGUUAAGGGGCGUAAUGACGCAUACUACAUGACUCCAGAGCCGGUCGUUGCCCCCAACAGCCCGAUGUGGUACUCAUCUCAGCCCCUCACGUCUCAGCAAGUGGAGCACGUUCUGGCACGCAUCAUUGUGGUCCGAGAGAUCCAGGAGAUCAUCAGCGUCGGUCCGGAUGUCAUGAGCUAAAUUGAGAGGACUGACUGGACUCGUGGGAACUUGGUCUCCUGUCACUGAUUGUUGACUAUGCAGUAUCCACCCUGACUCUGUAAACCCCAAUGACCAUCAUCUCAAAUCAAAGGGAUCAAUCAUUAUUUCUUUCUGAGGAGUACAUCACAACAGCAAAGAUUUUCUUUUCUAUUUUCAGCUCAUUAGUUGGACUGUUCUUUCUCCUGACUACCUUUUUGUAAGCCAUUGCCUCUGUAACCUUUAAAGUGGCAAGUAAGGGAGACUUUAGUCUCACCCCUGCUGGAUUAGGACUGACCUUUGAGCUCGGCAGAGGUGGUGCAUUGUCCUGUAAAAGUAUCAAAACUAUAUGAGGAUAUUUAACCCGUCACUACUUAACCUCAGACCAUUUACCAAAUAGUCUCUACAAAGUCCAACUACAUAACAUCUCAAUGGACCAUUACAGGGACCUCUUCUCACAACUUUUUCUCUUUUGUAUACUGACUGCGUUUUGGACCGUGUAUUGAUACGUUGAAAGCUGAAGAACUUGUGCCUGUUUUAAAAAAUGACAUCAUAAUUUAUGCUUGUGGAUCAUUGAGUGAGUUGUUCCUCAGAUAUUCACAUGGUCAAAGUGCUAUAUUAUAGUCAUUCAGGAGAGUGGAAACCUUUCCUCUCAGGUCAAAGCUAGUGAUUUGAACACCGUAAAGGAUUUUUGCCAACUUAUUCCUGUAUGUAUGUAUAGUAGGUUAUCAAACAGAACAUACAGAUGGAAAUGCCUUUGUUUAGCUAACGCAGUGUAGAUCCUUGUAUCAAGUCAUGGAAAUUGAAGAAUGAGGAGGACUUGGGGCUGAGCUGUCUGGAAAUGGAUUUGAACUUUGAAAUCAGGAUUAGUUGGGCCUUUUUAAAGAAUGACUUGUCGCACCAACCGUAUCCAAACCCCAUUGGUGCCUCCUCGAGAUGACAUGUAUAUUUUAAUUUGGAUUACUACAUUGACAAAUAGUUGUGAUACAGUCCUGCUUCAUUUGUUUAUUACUAAAAAUGAAUUGUAUAGCAUUG